AUAAAAUCUCUUAAAAAAAAACAAAUAUUUGAAAUAAAAUAUUUUAUGUCUUUUUUCAUCUUUGUAAUGAACUAAUCCUUUAAUAUAUUUCGAAUGUGGAAGAAUUCAUAAAGAAUACUGUAAAAAAUGUCAUCCGCGAACGAAUUUAGCCAAUACGACGAUAUUUUAUCAAAUAUUUUAGUUAAUGAAAAAUCUAUCUUGGGUUUUCUAUCGGCAAUUUUUAAUUUUUUAGCAAGACGCACCGAUUUCUAUUAUGUACCGGAUGGCCAGUACGAAAACAUAGGUUUUCCGCCGGGAGUUGCUGAAGAACUGGUUAUUAAAGUUCUCCGGACAUGCGACCCCAAAAACGUGAAGGAGCCGCACAAGCACACUGAUUUAAACAACGAGAUCAUGUGCUCGACAGUUGCUCAAGAGGUCGAAGUAAUUGCUAGUGAAGAUACUUCGGCGGACCUCGAGGCAAGUGGAGAACAAGAUGUCCUAACAUCUGAACAUCAAGUAAGGGAAGCAGUUUCGAGUCAGCCUGAAGAGUACAAGCCUCCAGUAAUACCAAUACAGAAGAGAAGCGAGUGCUACAAUGGAGCGGACAGAGAAAAUUACUCGUGGGCGCAAACUCUAAUGGAUCUUGAUGUAACUGUAAAACUUCCACCAGAUAUAAAAUCUUCAAAAGACCUAAAAGUUGCUAUAAAUCCUGGAGAUAUUUAUGUAUGUCGACAGAACGGUGAUGUAAUUGUUAAGGACUCUCUGCUGUUCAAGAUUAAGACCAGUGAUAGUUUCUGGAGUCUUAGCGAGGGACGAUUGUUGAUGCAUCUGGAAAAAGUCCGCGAGCAAUGGUGGUCAAAGCUUUUGAUUGGCGAAGAAGACAUUGAUUUAUCAAAGAUAGACUGCUCAAGGCCCUUACAUGAACUCCCAGAUGAUCACAUUGAUAAGGUAGGUAACAGACCUGUUGGUAAGUUGUCACAUGCACCAGUUGACAAUGAACCUUGUCUAUAUGCAACAGGUGUUCUAUCAGUAACUUAGAAGUUGGUCAUACAUAAAAAAUCAUAUUAUGAAUUAUCUACCCAAUAUAUUAACAGAAACUAUGAAACAAACAUUGAAAUAGGAUAAUUUAAGCUGGGCAUUAUUUAAUAAUAUUAAAAACUCGAAAGAUGGAUCUUUUAGAUAAAAGAGCUUCAAUGGAACCAAGAACAGAAAAUGAAAGGCCUACCUACUAGUGAUGAAAUAAGAAACAUUGAGAUAUUGAAGAAAGCUUGGAAUGCUGAUGGUUCUCCAUUUAAAGGUCAAAAGUUUGACCCUAGUAUUCUUAGCCAAUCAUUUACUCCUUUUGGAAAUAAUAAAUAAAUUCAGUAUUUA